AUGGCAAGUCGCGGUGGCGAGAUAACAUAUGUGAUGACAAUAGUGUUAACAGUGGCGUUAAUAUGGAACCACGCCCUCUGUGAAUUAAGGCCCUGCAACAGCCAAGACUUAGAAGCCUUGCACAGCUUCAAGAAUUUGUUGACGAAUAGCAGUGAUUCAAUAGCGAGCUCUACCAGAAACCUCUCUCAGCUUGCUGGCAUUGGGAGUAUGCGUGCUCUUCAGAUUCAGGGUAUAUUGUUUAACGGCUUUUUUCCUCUGGAGUUAUGCCAAUUGAGUAACCUUUCACGUCUCGCAAUAUCAUCAGCUGGGAUUUCUGGUCGUAUUCCUCACAAGAUUCGCCACCUGCAGCUGCUGGAGCACUUAGAUCUCACUGCAAAUAACUUUUCGGGAACCAUACCUUCUGCUCUCGCACAUCUUAAAAGCCUUAAAAACUUGUAUCUUGAUGACAAUGCCCUCAGCGGCCAAAUACCGGCAGAAUCUUGUUAG